AUGUUCGCGGGCGGCGGCGCUUUGCCGGGGGCGUGUGGCCCGUCGCAACUGGCCGGCCACUGCACGCUGAUGGCCGGUCGGCCGCGCAAGGCCAAGUCAGCGGCAGACAUCAAGUCACUAGUUCAGCACGAGUGUGGCCCCGCCCGGACCAGCCGAUCCAUGUUGCCGAUGACGGUGGGCGCGGCCGCAGUGGCCGCGGUGGCCGAGCGCCGGGUGUCGUGCGCCGCGCCCACGACCACGUCGUCGUUUGGCGGUUACGGUUGCGGUAGUGGCGUCGGCGGCGGCGGCGGUCACGGUUAUGGUUCGCUGUCCGUGGCCACGGUCAAGGAACGCCGGUCGUGCAGCCUGUUCCCGUCGCCAGCGUCCGACAAACGGUUCUUCUCGUCGUCGUCGUCCACCAACACACCACCGGCCCCAUGCCUGUGUGACGUACCGUUCGGCCAACCGUCGUCGUCGUGGGCGUCCGCCAAACGCGAUUUCCUCAUGACGCCGUCCACGUCGCUGGGUGGCGGUUCCGGGUUCAGCGGCGGCGGCGCCGGUGGCCGGCGGACGUCCUGCGGCAUGGACCACCUGUGCCCGACGUCCAUAACGCUAAAGGACCGCCGGCCGUCGUUCAACAACGUCAUCGCUCAGGUGACAGCCGAACGGCGCCCGUCGUCCAGCAUGCUCAGGAUCAGCAACGUUUAA